GUCAAAGUAAGCUGUUCUCGGUGGCACUGGGAAGGCGUACGUGGUCAUAUUUUCAGUGAAAUUCGAGGUUUUUCGGUGCGGAAGACAAUUGAAAAGUGUGUCAAAGUGAAGCUCCGACGUUCCGGAAUGUAAGUGCUGUAUUGUUUUCGGUGAAAACCGGGUGGUUUUCAUCUAGAUUUGAAAAAUUCGAUCGGAAGGAAAAUCGAUAGAAGGAUAGCUUAACUGGCUAGCUAUUGAUGUAACCCGAGACAACCCGACCGUAGUUGCAAGCGUGGACAAGAAGUGGAGGGAGGGGGUUGCAGUAUUAGCAACCGCAUCAAAUAACAAACGCAGUACAGACCAAAGGCAACAUACCAAUCCGGAUUUUGCACGGCAGUCACGCAUUUCACCCUCUUCGUUCGUAAUGCUGCAACGGAAAGCCAGCUAGAAAAAAAGGCUUAGCUAGACAAACGUACACUGUAUUGGCUGCAGACAACGGUAGACGGUAUAGUCGCAAGCCAUGGAGGAACUGUUGAUGACGAUAGUGAAGGAAGCGACGGGAAGCAAACAGCAAAAUUUAAAACAAGCCGCACAAAUUGCACAUGACAAACUAUUGCGUCAACAUGGAAUACACAGGGAUCCCUCGUACGAGCUGCGAUCCGUUUGCUUCACUGCUCUACAGAUGGCACUGGAGACGAAACGACCGAAAUUUGUAACCUACGGGUUGAACGGAUUACACCGCAUAAUCCGUGACGAACGGUUCUUCUUCGGGCUCGAACCGGAAGAUGACUCGUUGUGGCUACCUGCACAGCUUCUACGGGCGACAUCGGGUAUGUCAACGGUCGGCAACGAGGAUACCGUAGUGAACGUGCUCCGUCUGUUCCUAUCGAUGGCGUGUUCUCCAACCUGCACCCUCAACGGACGGCUGUUGAUCGAGCUUCUUUCCAAGUGUGGCGAGUGUUGGGAAAAUGGAUCGCGUGCCGUGAAGGCCGCCUCACUAGCCGCCGGUAGUCAAUGUCUACGAGCUUUCUGUACCUUCCUGAAGGAUGAAGCCGAAGAUAUCCUCCGUACCGGACCAGCAGGGAUCAUCAACAUAGGGAUGGCUGCGGCCGUUUACAAUGAAGUUAUACCGGUAAUGCAGUGGCUUUGUAGUAGACUGAUAGAGCCAAGUACCGGCAGUCCCAAACGGACGGAAACCGUAGGAUCGCUUUAUCUGAUGGAGUGUAUUUUAACUCUCGUGACAUCUCUACCCCCGGAUGUUCACGCGAAUCCACACUUUACGGCGUUCCUUUGGCAAAAAUUCUGUCCAACGUUGGCUGCUACGCUUGGAUCACCGGGCAGAGUUAACAUUGAUAAGAAAUUUACCUACAAGGACGCUAUCCAUUUGAUCGAGAGUGAGCAUCGUGGUUUUUUCACCCGUCCCGGACUUGAUGGUCCCCAGGCACGUUGUAUAUAUUUGACCAGUAUUCAGCUACUGCGAAUCGCUGGAGCACAGGGUUCGCUACGACCUAUGCUGGAAGCCCUAUUUCACCGAAUGUUGCUGCUACCGGUUCCGGCUAACCGUGCGGAACCUUUGCGUUGCGUUCGGGAAAUUCUUAAAAGUCCCGAACGACUCAUUGACCUCUCGGUAAUACUGUAUCCUGAUAAGUCACAGGGACAGAGCUGCAGUGAUGAUAUGGCAUUGUUCAGACUAAUAAUCGACGCAAUGGAGGAAUGUGCGACCACUUCCCAGAAUGGCAGCAGCUCCGUCGAUAACUCGAUGAACUCCAGCGUUGAAUGUAUCGUGGCACUGUUGGAAAGUCUUCAAACGCUGUGUUCCGGUCGUUUCGAUGAAUCCAUCAUCAGCGAUCGUGUCACCGAAGCCAUCAACAAUCGAUACUAUCAGCUACGGGAAGCGGACUACACCGGACCGCUAACCUACCAGUCGAUGGCACGCCUUCCAGCACCCUACCGGGACGCUGUGGCGGAACUUCGUCAAAGUGGGUUCGAAACAUCGUCCGAGUCGGAAAUUGAUGCCGAACAGCAGAUUGAUCCGGAAGCAGGUUCGCUCGGAUCGGGCGACACCGAAGGUCCCGAGGAUGAAGCACAUUCGUCCAGUGAUGAUAUGUCUUCGAAAGCGGAAGGACAUUGGCCCUGGGCACACUUGGAAGAACCACCGCAUAUCCGUUCGGAUGUGGACUGUGAUCGUCGUCAUGCACGAGAGUUCGCCAAAAUUGUGUCCAACGAGUUGGUGCCUAAUCUGCUAAAAUUGAAAGCUUCCGUCGAGGUGGACGAAGCCAUUCAAGAGUUUGCAUCUAGCAUUUGCCAGCAAAACAGUAUGAACUAUUCCGACUAUGAUUACAAUCUAACGGCGUUGAACGCCGAUGGAAUCUACUUGGCCACCUAUUCGGCACUGUUGUUGGCUUUGCAGUUGAUGAAAGCCGGCCACUACGACGAAGGUCACGAGCCGAUACUGAUUCCCUUAUCCGAACAGCAGUUUGUCACCUCCGUACAAAAUGCCGGCGUCCUGGUAUAUCUCAGUUCGGCGUGGCUUCGCGAAAUGUAUCAAAGCAUUCUGGCACAUAAUCCACUGACUUCGCUGAAAUCCGUCGAAAACACCGAUGGUUCUCAUUGUGCUUUGAUCGAUAUGUUGUACGAUGCCGGUGGAGUCGGUCCUACGCAGAUGCUUUCCGACUGGCAACGACUACAGUCGGUAGUACGGAUCCACAGUGAACCGAACGCCAAGCAACUGGCGGCUAGGAAAUUGGCGCGUCGACUACUAACGUGCUGUUGGGAUUCCAUGGUCACCGUAUUGACCGCUGGAUUGGGCGAAGUCGAUGAUUCCCGAGCGACUCGGUUAAUGAAACUUUCGAAGAAAACAUUGCGCGUUAAGAAGAAGACCCGUUGCUCCGGGGAAGCUCUGUACGCCCUCAGUCUAGAAGGGCUUCACGCUGCGGCGACGCUGAGCAACGCUUUGAACCUUCAGCAUCUGGCCGGCAAGAUAUUGAACUUGAUUGCGACUAACGUUUGUCAGAAUUCCGGUCCGAAAAUUCCGGCCAGUCAAGCCUUAUCAAUGGAUGUUGUGCUUUCGGGAGGGUUGGAGUUAGGAUCCCACUCGGCCGAUUGUUGGUUGCCGGUGUUCUCCGUCUGUCGUCACGUGACCCAACUGGAGCAUGAUUUGUUCAGUUCGCAGAAUGCCACGAUUGCUGGAGCUUCAUCGAACGUGGCUAGCAAUGGGAAGGAGGUAGAAUCACCGAGCAAGAUACCGGGUCAAUCGGAUAAACUGAAUUUGUCGUCGUAUUCGAUCGAUGAAGAUGAGACUUGCGUGGACGUUUACAGUUUUCUGCAAGCUCCGUUGCCGAACGCCAAUGCCAAUGUCGCAACCAUCCUGAAAGCUUAUUCGGGACAUGAUGCCGUAAAUCUUUCGCAAGCCGAUACGGCCAAGAUGUUGUGCGCACUGUCGCAUCAGGCGGACACACUGUUCUCGGAUUCCGCGGAACGGUUGGCUUUGCCGGCGUUACUUCAAUUUCUGAAGAGCCUGUGUCGGGCUUCGCGCGAACAGCUCUAUCGUAGUUCAUCGUCCAAAAAGGGCAAGAAAUCAUGGUGGUUGGGACGACCGUGGAAAGUGAAGAACGAUUCGCUGCCAUUGUCGUUGCUGCUUCAUCGCGUAGGUGACGUUACGCUUAAGGUGUUUCGAGGACCACGGCCGUUGCUGCACAUUCUGAAGGUUUGGGCCAUUACCGGACCACACUUGAUGGACGCGGCUUGCCAUAAAGAUAGGACCAUUUCGAAGCGAGCGAUUGAGUACAUUCAUGACAUCAUUACGGCAUUGCUGGUGGAACAGUCCGAGUUGCCACAUUUCCAUUUCAACGAGGCACUGCUGAAACCGUUCGAGAAUUUGCUGAGUAUGGAUUCGUGUGACGUCGACGUUCAGGACCAGAUCGUCGGAUGUCUGUACGAAAUCGUAGAGGCACACCGAACGGAGAUCCGGUCCGGUUGGCGACCUCUGUUCGGUACGUUGCGUACGGCCCGGAAUCGUCCCGUCCACCUGUCCAACAUCAUCGACAUCUUCCACGUGUUUCUCGAAACGGACAACACGCUAGUGUUCGCCAACGCCGGAUUGGAUUGUAUUCUGUGUUUACUUUCCUAUCUGGAAAUUUCGGGCAGCAGUGGAAACGUCGGCGGUCCUAAUACGGGUCCGGACGGCAACGACGACAAUAACAUUAGAUCCAGUGAUUUUUUAUAUGAUGCUUUGAAAUUCCUCGAACGUUGCUCAUCGAUCCUUAGUUUUAUGUACAACAUGCCGCAGUGUCCGAAUCUCCAUUCGACGUACAAAAUCAAAGGUAUAACUUACACCCAUAUAAUCGACGCCAACAUUCCGAAUUCGAUGGAGAACUUUACGUACUUCGGGCAGGACUAUUUGCAGAGCAGUAACGAGCAGUACAUGAUAAGCUACCGAACGCUUCACAUUGACAAGGAGACAAUCACCAAAAUUGACGAGCUGGAUAAGCCAAGUGGUGUCCUUAAGGUGUGGUUUUUGCUGUUAGAUGGUCUUACUAACUCCUUGAUCGUUUGCCCGAUCGCUCACCAGUCUCCGAUUCUGCAGUCCAUAUUUAAACUCUUCAAAUCGUUACUGGUUAAUCCGGGAAUCGAGUUCGGGUUUUACUGCAUCAAUCACCUGUUAAUCCCGAUGAUACAGGACUGGCUACGGUAUGUCAACAAAGCGCAGAAGAAUUGGGGUUUGAUCGAGAAGAACUUCAAGCACUGCUGCUGCAUGACAACCGAUCUGGUGGUGGAGUUUAUUGAAAAAUCACAGACUAUCGGAGGGGUCGAAGGUCGAGUAGUAAUCGGCAGUGAACAGACCUACCAACAUCAGCAGCUGGUGAAGAAGAGCAAACUAACGUCGAUCGUAAGACCGGUCGAUAACCUGAAGUAUAGCAAACUGCGGAAGAUGGCACCGUCCGGGCCGGAGGAGCCACAUCAAUUUUCCGGAUAUUACAGUAAGAUCAAGGAGGAGGAAGUAUCCAGUGUAACGAAAAUUCCGACGGCCGCCAUUCUGGCAUUGAAGCAACUGCUCCUGGUGCUGAUCGAGUGUUCGGCCCAGUCUCAGGAAACGAUCGCUCGGGUGGGAGUAAGUUGCAUGAAGCAUAUUAUCUUCUCGACCGGUCACAUUUUCAACGAGGACCAAUGGAUGGUAAUUACAUCGGUUAUCCAUAGGGCCAGUACGGUCACGAUGGCUCCGUUGAGGCAGCUGAUCUUCGCAUUCAAUGAGAAUUCCAACAGUUUCUACGGAGAUUGCGCUAAUGUAAAGGUUGCGGCUAGACGCGAUAGCACUCUGGAGGAACUACAACGGGUACAUUCGCUAGCCCAGCAAGUGUUUCUGAUGGAUAACCAACGGGAAAUGUUGAAUUCAAGGUUGAAUGGAAAUUUAAUGGCUUCUAAUGGGCCGAGUUCCAACACAGACGAUCGAUCCUAUUCGUUUUUGUUGUAUCCGUUGAAUUGCAACACAAACAUGACGCAAUCAUGUUCGGUCACGGGAGGAGGGAUCAGUGCGUCGUUGCAAAGUAAUGGACUCAAUCUAGAUAGUUACAUCAUUCGGAUUCCGUACCGAAAUCUAAUCGUAGGACUUUUGGCAAGCCAGAUGUUACUUCAACUGAUCGCCAACAUUCUACUGAACGGGUUAACUAAUGUGCCGAAUGAGUUGAACUCCUGCAUUUAUAAUGGUGGAGAAAGUGGAGGUAGCACAAGCAAAGCGCUGUUCCAAUUAGGCUAUCGCAGUAAGGAGAUUCUUCUACGAACACUGAAGCAGUUUCUGAUAUGCUCGAUGGACUUCGAUACACGACCGGGACUCAAAUUUCUAAUACAGAAGGUAUCCAAUAUCGAUAGUGCCGCGAAUCUGUACAAGCAGAUGACCUCUUCGUGGAUCAUCAACUACAUGACGUUGGUCGACGUUUACAUCAACAAUACUCGGGUGUAUAAUCUGAACGAAGACGAUAUCAAAUACAUCCUGGAUUCGUGUAAUCACAUGACGGCGUCAAGUCAACAGUGGAAAAAGAACGAAAACUUUGUCCAUUAUUUGAUAACCCUACGAGAUCUGUGGGAUUUGAUCGCCGAGCACUACAUAGAUCAUUUGAAGGACGGAGAAACCGACGGGUUAACGAUCACGCACAUUGUUGAGAAUAAGCUGGAAAGGUAUGAACGGUUCGAUGACAAACUGGAGAGUUCGAGCAGUGAAGAGGACCAGACGAGUACCGCGGAAGGACUGCACAUUGGAGGAGAUUCUCCAAACCAUCCGGUUCCACAGCCGGACAGUCCGGAUUCACCGUCCAAAAGUGACGAGGAAAGUAUCUCGGUGUCCACAAUCGUCGGUAAUCAACGGAUGAAUCCGUUCAAUAUCUCGGCUAACCAGCAGCAACAUCUGCAGCAUCAGCAACAGUUACAGCAUCAGCAGCAGCAACAACAAUCAAUCUCUCCGGAAAUCGAACAACAACGGACGAAUAGUAUUCAAAAGGACGCGAUUUCCAAACGAUCGGCUCUGAAACAGUUGAUCGUGGCUUCGAUGGAACUGUUGAAGCUACUGCCGGAGGAACAGUCGAACAUGUUGAAACUGUUACUGACACCGAAGAUCCGAGAGGCUUUUCGUGCCGUGCAGGAACAGGGAGCGGGUUUAACGAUGGAAUAGACCCCGCGAGUAGGUUUUCUUUCUAUUACGCACGUACUUCUGACACUAACACAUAUGCAAAUUUACAUCUCGAUGGAAGAAUGGAUAUAAUCGACUAGACUGAAUUCGCUUAACAAAAAAAAUAUAUAUCGUAAAUUUACUGACAAUGCAAAGUCAAAGUCCUGAAUUGACGUUGAGUGGCAGAUCGAGAGCAACAUAUUUUGGUGAUAUAUAGCUUAUACAUGAUUUAUACAUUUAAGCAUUGAACAAAAAACCAUAUAUACCAGUAUAUAUAUACUUCUUGCCCCGCCACGGAAAAAGAACAACCCUAUAACUGUUGAUAUACGCUAAGGAAUUUAUUACGAAGAAAAAAAAACAAGCUAAAUAAUUUACUUGACUUACGCCCUCCACGCAGCAGCUGUGACAAGAUACGUACAUACAUUACACCAAUACGCUAAAGCUGUAUCGGAAACGGAAGCAGCUCUAAACCACAACACAUACACACACAAUUACACGCAAUUUCUGCCACAAUCAGCUUCUACUCGCACAAGGCGUUAUCUAUUCUUACUUAAAUCCAAUAAAGAGGAAAACCAAACCAUAUAAUCAAAUCUUCACCUCUAUAUAACCGACAUUGGCUUUCGUAUUUAAUGCUGGCAUAUACACAAACACACACACACCAACACGAUACAACAGACCCUUUUCUGGAACUAGCUUUCCUUACUCUAAUGCCUCACAAAUGUAUUCCUAAGCAUAUUUAUUUCGCAAAGUUAACUAACUAACAGCUUCUGUGAAUUAUUGUGAACUAUUUCCAAAAAAAAACAAUGAAGUAAUCAUUCCAACAGAAAUAAUUCCAAUUGAAAAAUGUGAAUGUAUUUGUGCCCGAAAUAUCUUCGCGUGACAGCAAACAAUCCGGUAUCGCCAUUCCGUUUGUGUUUAAUUCUCACAGACAAUUCAUGUAUAAUCUUUUGAAACUUCUCCAACGUCGUGCUUGGGUUAGAAUUUCUUUCUUCGACUAUCAAUUUAGAUUAGGUUUUUCUUUGUCUUUCAUCUUAUUAUAUAGAAGAUGGUAACAGACAUACGGCCACAGAAGCGCCGCAGAUCUGAAAAGGAAAGCGCCCAUAGAACCGGUAUAAUGUUGAGAAUCUGAACCAACCAAUGGAUGUAACAAAACAAAACAAACAGAAAAACAGUGAAAACACAGUAUAUGAACAUUUCACAAACAUGGAAACACAAGUAUUUACCGUGGCAAAAAAAGGAAAAAUGAAAAGGGAAAAUGAUCAGUAUAAAACAGAAACCAACAAACACGUGGUACUGUCUCUCGUAAACAAUAAAAUAUAUUAUAUAUUUGUGCAACUGGAA